AUGGCACCCAACCCCACCGCGAAUCAGCAGAUAUCCAAGCUGCUGUUUGGAGAGAGCAGAGCCUCAAAGCUGGCGCCAGUCGCGAUUCCAGUGAAGAAGAAGGAAACCUCAAAGAAGGCCGUGGGGCUGGGGGUCGGCCUAGGCGGCGGCGGCGCUGUUGCUGUCUGCGCAGCUGUGGCAAUUGCGCUGCUUGUGAAGCGCUCCAAGGCGCCCAAGGCAGCCGAGGCGGCUGCGGCCAACAAGGAGGGGGCUGGGCCGGUCAUCGCGGACAAGCCAUUGGCUGUGGAGCCAAAGCAGCCUGCGCCCGAGGCGGCAACCGCCCUCGCACCUGAGGCACCCGCCCACGUCACAGCGGCGCCCAAGCCCGUCACUGCCGCCGCGGCGCCCGCGCCGCAGCCUGCUGUGCAGCUGCAGGCGGCCCUCGCCCCCAAGUCCAAGCCUGCGCCGAAGCCCGUGGUGGCCUCUCAGGCGCCGGCCGCCGCCUCGAAGCCCGAGGCGCCCGCCAAGGCGCAGGCCCCCGCCGCCCCCGUGCCCGAGGCGCCGGCUGUCGUGGCCCACGGGGGCGACAAGCCCAAGGCGAACAAGGGCCUUGCGAGCUUCAAGCGGGCCUUCUCUAAGAAGGGCGCAGGCGAGGACGCGGCGGCCGGCGAUGCGGCCAAUGGCGCAUUCUCGCGCAUUGGGCGCGCCCUGUCGACGAAGCGCAGCUAG